AGGACUCUAUGACCUGUGCUGCUGGGGUCACGCUGGAGCCCUGGCCCCAGGCGAGCAGUCGGGGCCUUUAUGAGCUGGGGGCUCCCUGGCCUCGCGGUCCUCCCUGGCCGCGGCUGCAGCUGAGACGAGGGUCGGGAGGUAGCUAUGUCACUUCCUCCAGAAGGCCAGCCGGUCACCUCCCUUCCCAGCUGGACAGAACCGAGUCCUGACAGGUCAGCCAUGUCAUCUGAGCCUCCCCCACCGCCGCAGCCCCCCACCCAAGAGGCUUCGGUUGGGCUGCUGGAUGUCCCCCAGGCCCACAAUGUGGUCCCGAGCCCACUGCCCACUCGCCGGACAAGGACUUUCUCAGCGACGGUGCGGGCUUCCCAGGGCCCCGUCUACAAAGGAGUCUGCAAGUGCUUCUGCCGGUCCAAGGGCCACGGCUUCAUCACCCCGGCUGAUGGCGGCCCCGACAUCUUCCUGCACAUCUCUGAUGUGGAAGGGGAGUAUGUCCCGGUGGAAGGCGACGAGGUCACCUUUAAGAUGUGCUCCAUCCCGCCCAAGAACGAGAAGCUGCAGGCCGUGGAGGUAGUCAUCACCCACCUGGCGCCCGGCACAAAGCACGAGACCUGGUCCGGACACGUCAUCAGCUCCUAGGGGACGCUGGAGGCACCCCUUCUCUUGGGCUGGUGGGAGACUGUGGGGGAGGAGGCAGGACCACACUGGAGACGACGUUCUAGCACACGAGAUGGGGCUUCGAGGGUGGGGCACGGUCACUUUCAAGUCCCUCCUGCAGAAAGGGGGGGCAGGUAUGGGGGUGCUCGCGGCCACCAGUGCAGCCUCUGACCAUCGCAACAAGCUCUCACCACCUGAAAAAGCAUUAAAAGCAUUUUGAAAGGA